AUGAUUCGUACUGGUGAUAAGCCCCACAAGUGUCCCGAGUGCCGAGCAAAAUUCAAGGACCUUAGCACUUUGACAUGGCACAUGUUUGUACAUUCUAAUGAAAAUCCAAACAAGUGUCCCAAGUGCGAGAAGAAAUUCAAGGACUCUACAGGUUUGAGAUUGCACGUGGUAGUACAUUCAGAUGAUAGGCCUCACGAGUGUCCUGAGUGUGAGAGAAAAUUUAAACACGCUUCAACUUUGAGACAUCACCUGUUAGUACAUUCAGAAGAUAAGCCUCACGAGUGUCCUGAGUGUGAGAAGAGGUUCAAGGACCCUAGAAUUUUGAAAUAUCACCUGUUAAUACAUUCAGAUGAUAGGCCUCACGAGUGUCCUGAGUGUGAGAAAAGGUUCAAGGACCCUAGAAAUUUGACAAAUCACGUGAAAAAUCAACAUUCAGAUUAUAGGCCUUACGAGUGUCCGAAAAAAUUCUGUUACUCUGUGAGUUUGAAACAACAUCUUCCAAAACAUUCCAAUGAUAAUCCUCACGAGUGUCCUGAGUGUAUGAAAAGAUUCAAGUACCCUAAAAAUUUGAAAAGUCACCUAUUAAAACAUUCAGAUAGGCCUCACGAGUGUCCUCAGUGUAAGAAAAGAUUCAAGUACCCUACAGGUUUGAGAGAACACCUGUUAGUACAAUCAGAUGAUAGUCCUCAUGAGUGUCCUGAGUGUAAGAAAAGGUUCAAGUACCCUGCAGGUUUGAGAAAAACCCUGUUAGUACAUUCAGAUGAUAGUCCUCAUGAGUGUCCUGAGUGUGAGAGAAAAUUUAAAAACGCUGGAACUUUGAGAAAUCAUGUUAGGUCAUUCAGAAGAUAG